CGUAUCACAUUUCACCAUCUUCCUUCUCUCUGUCUCUGCAACUCCGAAUCUAGGGUUAGGGUUUUUUCGUAAGAGAAAAAAAAAAUGACUUCAGGUGCUGGAGCAGGUAAAGGCGGCGCCGGAAGAGGCAAGCCAAAGGCAACGAAAUCGGUUUCUCGAUCUUCAAAAGCCGGUCUUCAAUUUCCCGUCGGUAGGAUCGCUCGUUUCCUUAAGGCAGGAAAGUACGCUGAACGUGUCGGUGCUGGUGCUCCUGUGUAUCUCUCCGCCGUCCUUGAGUAUCUCGCCGCUGAGGUGUUGGAGUUGGCUGGGAAUGCUGCUAGAGACAACAAGAAGAAUCGAAUUGUGCCUAGGCACAUUCAGUUGGCUGUGAGGAAUGAUGAGGAGUUGAGCAAGCUGUUGGGUCAUGUUACCAUUGCUAAUGGAGGUGUUUUGCCCAACAUUCACCAGAAUUUGUUGCCUAAGAAGGCUGGAUCUGGAAAGGGUGAUAUUGGCUCUGCAUCUCAGGAGUUUUAGAUGUAAAUGGG